UCCUCUACAUUUGCGCCGCCAAUUAUACCAUUCAGCGGUUAACUGAGAGUAUACCCUUAACGCUUUGCGCGCCUCAUUACAUACGGGACCUUGACAAAAAUUUGUCCUUUCUCGCGGAUAUUCCAAGAUGGUGUACAAGCGUUUGGUGGAGAUUGGCCGUGUAGCCCUUAUUAACUCUGGGCCCGAUGAAGGAAAACUUUGUGUCAUAGUUGAUGUGGUGGAUCAGAAUCGAGCUCUGAUUGAUGGGCCCUGUACCAAUGUGUGCCGCCAAGCCCUUAACUUCAAGCACCUCUCCCUCACUGACUUCAAGGUCAAAGUUGGACCCUCUGCUAAGAGUGGACCAGUGAAGAAUGCCUUUGAGAAGGGAGAGAUCCUUGAAAAGUGGGAAAAGACAGCCUGGGCCAAGAAACUGGCCACAAAGAAGAAGCGAGCAACUCUCACUGACUUCGAUCGCUUUAAGCUCAAAUUGGCCAAGCAGAGG